UCUGUACGUCUAUCACAUAAGACGAAGAGAAAAAACCUACAGCAGGUUACCGAUUUUAAUAGAUUUCUUGUGAGAAAAAGUUAUUAUUCAUACAAUAUGAUUUCAUUUUCCCGUGGAUUAGGAAAUAUACUAACGCGUAUUGCCUUCAGUAACACCGGUACAAGUGUACAUUUAGCGAGAACACUGCAAACCACAUGUACAUUAGAUUGUGAAAUUAAACAGCAACAACAAGAAGAACCAACUGACAGUACAUUAGCAGCUGAUGAAGGCGCACCAGAGCUACAAGAGAAACGCGAAUUAACCGAACAAGAACUAAAAUUAUUACGAAAAGAUCGCUCACGCAAAAUACCCGUAGAAACAUCGAUUCGUUACUUGAAAAGUGACGCAUAUCAACAAACGUACGGUACACAGUUAGUGUGGGAACAAUAUCGACGCAAUCACAAGGGUUUGUUUCCACCACGUAAAACUCGCAAAACUUGCAUACGCAAAGACACCAUAACUACCGGCAACCCUUGCCCCAUUUGCAGGGACGAAUAUUUGGUGUUGGAUCAUCGUAACAUUGAAUUGUUGAAACAGUUUAUUUCACCACAUUCCGGGGAAGUACUAAGCUACACCAAAACCGGCUUGUGUCAAAAGAAACACUUACAAUUGUUGGUGGCCGUUGAGAGAGCAAAGGACUACGGUUUGUUAACCUUUGACGUGCCCUAUCGCAAUUUCGAUUAUAGCGAAUUCUACGAUAAGGUUGAAGCUAAAAAUUAGAAAAAUUUAAAAAUCAAUUGUUUUCUAGUUUUAUAAGUUGUUUCGAGUAAAAAGA